AUGGUGUUAGCUGCUCGACCAGGUGGCCAGAGAUCACGGCACCUGCUGCUCUCGCUUCUGCUCCUCGCAGCCUGGGAGGCGGGGAGCGGCCAGCUGCACUAUUCGGUCCCGGAGGAGGCCAAACACGGCACCUUCGUGGGCCGCAUCGCGCAGGACCUGGGACUGGAGCUGGCGGAGCUGGUGCCGCGCCUGUUCCGGGUGGAGUCCAAGGACCGCGGGGACCUUCUGGAGGUAAAUCUAAAGAAUGGCAUUUUGUUUGUAAGUUCUCGGAUCGACCGGGAGGAGCUGUGCGGGCGGAGCACAGAGUGCAGCAUCCACUUGGAGGUGAUCGUGGACAGGCCGCUGCAGGUUUUCCAUGUGGAGGUGGAGGUGAAGGACAUUAAUGACAACCCGCCUGUUUUCCCAGAGCCACAAAGGAAUCUGUUUAUUUCCGAAACUAGAGCUCUAGACUCUCAUUUUUUAAUAGAGGGAGCUUCCGAUGCAGACGUUGGGGCAAAUGCUCAUCUGACUUACAGAUUGAGCUCCAAUGAGUAUUUCUCGCUGGAAGUGCCAACCAACGAAGAGCGAGUAAAACCACUCGAACUAAUAUUAAAAAAAGCUUUAGAUAGAGAAGUAGCUUCAGAGCUUCUCUUAGUGCUUAAAGCAACUGAUGGGGGAAAACCUGAACAAACAGGCGCCAUAGAGUUACAUGUCACAGUACUGGAUGUAAAUGACAACGCUCCGGUGUUUGAAAAAGCAAUGUAUCGUGUGAAAUUACUGGAAAAUGCAAGAAACGGUACCCUGGUGAUUAGACCUAACGCCUCGGAUUUGGAUGAGGGUUCGAACAGCCACAUUCUUUAUUCCUUUGGAAUUAAUGUCUCCCCAAAGACGCAAGACUGUUUUCGUAUAGAUUCAGAUAGUGGAGAAAUUAAAGUAAAUGGAAAAAUAGAUUUUGAAGAUACAAAAUUAUGGAAGAUUCAAGUAGAAGCAGUUGAUAAAGGCAAUCCUCCAAUGUUUGGUCACUGUACAGUUCUGAUAGAAGUUUUGGACAUUAAUGAUAAUGCUCCACAAUUAGUAGUAACGUCACUAUCACUCCCUAUUCGAGAGGAUGCUCUAUUGGGGACCGUGAUAGCCUUAAUCAGUGUGACUGACCGUGACUCCAGUGUCAAUGGGCAGGUGACCUGCUCCCUGACACCCACUGUUCCCUUCAAGCUGGUGUCCACUUUCAAGAAUUACUAUUCCCUGGUCCUUGACGGCGCCCUGGACCGAGAGACCAUAUCUGACUAUAAGGUGGUGGUGACCGCGCGGGACGGGGGCUCGCCCUCGCUGUGGGCCACGGCCAGCGUGUCCGUGGAGGUGGCCGACGUGAACGACAACGCGCCUGCGUUCGCGCAGCCCGAGUACACUGUGUUCGUGAAGGAGAACAACGCGCCGGGUUCGCACAUCUUCACGGUGUCGGCGCGGGACGUGGACGCGCAGGAGAACGCGCUGGUGUCCUACUCGCUGGUGGAGCAGCGGGUGGGCGAGCGCGCGCUGUCGAGCUACGUGUCGGUGCACGUGGAGAGCGGCAAGGUGUACGCGCUGCAGCCGCUGGACCACGAGGAGCUGGAGCUGCUGCAGUUCCAGGUGAGCGCGCGCGACGCUGGCGUGCCGCCCCUGGGCAGCAACGUGACGCUGCAGGUGUUCGUGCUGGAUGAGAACGACAAUGCGCCCGCGCUGCUGGGGCCUGCUGUGGGCGGCGCGGUGAGCGAGCUGGUGUCGCGGUCAGUGGGCGCGGGCCACGUGGUGGCGAAGGUGCGCGCGGUGGACGCGGACUCUGGCUACAACGCGUGGCUGUCUUAUGAGCUGCAGCCGGCGGCGGGUGGUGCGCGCAGCCCGUUCCGCGUGGGGCUGUACACGGGCGAGAUCAGCACGACGCGCGCCCUCGAUGAGGCUGAUGCGUCGCGCCAGCGCUUGUUGGUGUUGGUGAAGGACCAUGGCGAGCCAGCGCUGAUGGCCACCGCCACCGUGCUGGUGUCUCUGAUGGACAGUGGUCAAGCACCAAAGGCCUCUUUGAGGGCAUUGGUGAACGCUGCAGACCCAGAGGUAGCUCUGGUGAAUGUCAACGUGUACCUGAUCAUCGCCAUCUGCGCGGUGUCCAGUCUGCUGGUGCUCACGUUGCUGCUGUACACCGCGCUGCGUUGCUCGGCUGUGCCCACCGAGAGCAUAUGCGGGCCUGGGAAGCCCAUGCUGGUGUGCUCCAGCGCGGUGGGGAGCUGGUCAUACUCGCAGCAGAGGAGGCAGAGGGUGUGCUCUGGGGAGGUGCCACCCAAGACUGACCUCAUGGCUUUUAGCCCUAGUGUUCCUCCUGAUUCAGGUUCUGGAGAUAGUGGAGUCCAGCAAGAUGUGAAUAAGGAUCAUGGCUUACAAAAGUAUAAGUGA